UCUUACAAUAUCCCUGUUUGGAAUAUCAGGUUCAAGAUUUUCCCGACAUUAAUUAACCCCUGCUUUGUUUUUAUAUUGUUCAGAUUUUAAAUACUGGAAUUUAGAAAGAAAUACACAGACAAGAGACACAAAGUGAUGCCACUUCUGUUGAUUUAGGAAACUUAUGGGAAGACAUUACGAUAUUUGCAGGGCAUGGAGACCCCUAUGUUCAAGCAACAACCAGAAAUAAUAAAGAAAGUAUUGAGCAAAAUCUACAUAAAUAAAUUUAUUGACGAAAUCAAAGCUUUACAGUCAAGGCUCUCAGAAAUUGAACUAAAAUAUAACGAGGAGAGGAAAAAGAAUGAGCUUCUUAUUGAUAAAGUCAGAUCAAUGAAACAAGGCCUCAAGAGAGAAGAGAAUAUAAUUAGGACAAGGGUUACACAGGAAGUUGCCCGUGAAUUUCACUACAAAAUUGAACAAAGUAAUUCUAAAUGGGAGGAUGAAAUUGAAUACCUUAAAGAAAAAGCCUUUGCUUUGAAUAGAGAGAGCAAGGUAAAGGAUAAAGCAACUUUAGCAAUCUGUCAGUCUAACAUGGAGCAGGAGCUUAUUAUAAUCAAUGCUAAUAAACUUCUUGCCCAGGGUACUUCAGGAGAGAUGAGUUUGGAAAAAAUACUUCCUAUUCCUUUAUGAUUCCACCAAUUGGCUGAUAGAAACAGCAAGACUAUCAAGCAGAAGAGGUGUCAAUAUCUUGAAGAGUGUGAAGAAUUAAGGUUUGCUAAUGCAGAUCUUGAGAAAAAUUAUGAAUCACUUGUCCACGAAUUCGAAAGCUUAAAAAUUCUCUAUGGGUCAAUCACAAAUGAACUUUCUCAAGCAGUUAGGAAAAUUCAGGAGCUUGAGAAGGAGAAUGAAUAUCUUAGUAUAAAUUUUGAUAAAAAACUUAAUAAUAUGAAGCACGGAGCUAAUAAAGCAGAAGGAGCAUUACAGAAAGAAAACAAUAAGCUCAAGGAAAAUUAUGAGACUCUUAAGAAUGAAAUUGGCAAAGAGCUCAGAAUCAAGGAUUUACUGAUACAAAGACACAUUGAGUACCAGAAAGUCUUGAAGAAAGAACUCGUUAUGGCUAAGAAUAUCCUUAAAGAUCCCUCCCUCGUCAAGAAGGCAGAAAGGAAACUAAAUUAUGAAUCAACUGAAGUGUAUCCUUUCAGAGAUUUGGAUAAGAUUAUCCAAAAUUAUUCAAAUGAACCUAAAAGUUUUAGAAAGAUUGAGCCAUUAAGUCCACAGAUUAGCAAGAAUUUUAAUAUGAAGAAGCAUAGUUUGACUCCUAGAGACCCAAAGAAGAUCCAUAACAGGACUAUGGUCCUGAGUAACUCUAUUUUCAAGCCACAAGGGCAGAGUAUCAUCAAGAAGAUGCUUAGAAGUAAUCAUAGACUACUAGAACUAAAUUCCAGCUUUGUUGAGACAAAGAUAGCUGACAAUAAGAGAACAAUCUCUCUGAUGAAAGAUGAGCCUAACUUGAUGUUCUGAAAUACUAACAGUAAGAUCCCUAAACUAGUGCAUGUUAAUACCACUCAGAGUAGUGAUAGGGUCAACUCAUUCUCUCUGUUUCAUAAUGGAAACAGUAAUUAUUUUACUCAAUCUAAUGAGGGAUAAUUUCAAUCA